GCCCUGUCUUGUUGGGCAUUUUGUAGCAGCAUGUAGCGCUCAUGUCCUUGGGGCGAUGCAACUCGGAACCUGUCUUGCGCAGAACUGCGAGAGAUCCUGCAGAAAAGCGUUUUCUGCAUUUUCUGGAUCAUUAUUCCCAAAGGCAUAGGCCUGAUAGGCCUGUAAGUCGGGCACAGACACAACCGCAUCAUGUCAUUGUGACAGAUGCCGAUCGUGGACUGCGCCAUACGUCCCAGCCAUCCUUGCCGUCGGCCCAGAAAAGGCCCACAUCUGGUGCACCUGUCAGUCCUAUGACCGCGCUCUUGAGGCGACCCAGCUCUGCAUUGAGCAGGGACUCACCUGGUAAAAUCACAGCUAUCCGACAAAGGGUGCUAUCCAAGAUAGCCAUCGGAAUUCAUGUUGCCCUUUUAAAUGCCAAAAUCAGUCAGAAACCUGGAGAAAUCCAGCUAGAAGAGCCGAUGAGAGAAGCAACAGUUGAACAUGUCCAGCGAAUCUAUCGCCAAUUCCUGAGAUUCAAAGCGCUGGAGUCAGACAGGGCAGCUGAAGCUCAGUACUUACAUCAAGUGAAGCUCGUCCAAGAAGCCUGGUGUGAGAACUCGGGGCCGCAGGCUGCGCAGGACGACUCUUUCAGUCGGAAUCCGUGGGAUUCAGAGAGUGAGAACCCACUGUCGCGUAUGCGCUGGGCCACAUUCAUCCAUUGGUUGGAACAAGAAGCCAGUUGUGGAAUACAACAGACGUAUCGACGGUCAGUGGCUGCUCUAUUGAGAGGAGUCAAGCUUUGGAGGCAGAUGUGUGCCAGUCCAGAGCAAGCUGAGGGGAUCUCGCUUGGUUUGCUACUUUCAUGGGCGUUCCCUUCUUCAUCCUCUGCUAACAUUGCUGAAAUGCUAUCAUGGCUCGCACUCAAUGAACUUGAAAGCAUCCGUUGGCCAUCGCCAAGACUGAUAGAUGACGAAGAAAGAAAACAGUUGGAAAGGAUUUUCCACAAGGUCUAUGCAAAGGGCCGCGCAGCCAUCACUGCGGAUGACAUUGCUGGUGGUGACUUUCCAGACCGACAAACCCAGAUCAUGACAUUAGUCGACUCUCGCCUUGCUCGACAUGUUUUUGGUGACAAGAAAAUUGAUUGGCCUACCUUCUUGGAGCAUAUGUGCGAGAUGGGCUGCCAGGGCCAUCCGAGUGUCACCCGUGUAAGGAAUCCUGAAGGCGUUUGUUUGGCCCGCUGCCGACGAACUGCCUUGAACUUCCAUGGUUGGCUGUCAGAGACACCAUCGGAGAUGGAAGUUGAGCGUCGAAAGGUAGUUGAUGCUUUAGAGGCAGAAGUGGUUGCAUGGCGAUCAGGAAUUGGGUACUGAGCGAGUCAGCAUCAUGCUGUCCUUUGUCCUUGUAUUCACCUCUCACCGCUCUUUUGUGCUGCAUUUGGUGGCGCCCCUUUUGCUUGUUUUAACGGCAAGGGAUUGCCCCUUGACUGGGCCAAAAGUGCUCAGUUAGGUUCUGGGUUUGGAGGAUUUUCGUAUUUUGACCUGGAGCCACCAUAUUGAAGCGCUUGAACCGCUGAAGAAUAACGAAUCUUGCUAAGAGUAGCUUCCCAAA